CAUCUUAAAAAAAAUGAGGAAAAACAGGCCGGACGGAAGUAGAAGAAGGAAAGCUACCAACAGAACUUCGAGUCGUGCGUGCAAACUUUUUCACUUCACUUCACUUCACUUGUGCUUCUCCAAACGCUCCACAAACUUUGUGUGAGUGAAGACAGAAAGUGUGAAGAAUUGUGACGUUCGCCGCCACUUUUCUCGAGCGACUUCAGAGGAAAUAUAUACGGUCGGCGCCACGAUGACCGUCAGGUUAGCACAUCUGCCUCACAGUUGUGAGGAUGCGGGUUCAAUUCCGGGCUGGCCUGAGUGGCGGCUCUCCGGGCACUCCGGUUGAAGAUUCGAAAUUGCUCGUAGGUGCGAGUAAUGGUUUGUUUUUUAUGCGGCCUGCGAUUGAGUGACGACCACCCCACGCGCGCGACCCAUCAGAUGCAAAAUGGAUGGAUGCUAACGCUCGUGCUGCGACGCGUGUCGCAUGUCAGGCGCUAUUGUUGCAACUCCUUACCUGUUCUCACCCUGUACACCAAGGCUUGUACAUUACGGCAUAUUCAAAUCGUCAUCAUUGUCCAACUCGUCAGAACCCUCCAGCGAACGAGGAACCGCGGCGGCAUCCACAACGUCUGACGGUCCUUCAGGUGUCCACCUCUGGCGCCGUGUCCCUCCUAGCCCAAGGACAAGAAGGACACUCUUGCCCGCCGUCGUCCAGAAAGGUCGGCAGGCGUCGCGGACAUGGAGACAGACGUUGGACCCUCUCCGCCUGGUCCUGAGACUUGGGAGGGUCCUGGUGGUCCGACACCAGCUGGCUGCGAUGUUAGCAGCGGCCUUCGGGAUGUCGCCGUCGCUCCCGCGGCGACCUGCGGUCAAGCCCCGCCCCCAAAGAAGGUGUCUGUCUUACUGCGAGAGUUGGAUGCGCUGAGAGACGCCAACAAAAAGCUGCUGGACCGGCUGCGCCUGAAGGAGGAGGAGCUACAGAGGAAGGAGGUGGAGCUGUUGGUCAACACGAAGGAGGCCCAAGCCUGGGGGAGAACUUCAGAGUUCUCGGACGAGCUGUUGAGCGCUCGCGAGGACCGAGACGAGGCCGCGACGUCGCCGGUCCUGUUGGCCAAUCAGGAACCAGACGAGGCCCUGCGCCGCCUCGCCCGGAUGCAGCAGGCCGCCGAGUGGGACUCCGCCGACCGCUCGCCGCUUGGGGAUGGCGACUUGGAAGUGGAGCAGCUGCUUCAGCGCGUCUACGCGUCGGCCUCGGCCCAGGAAGUGGCCCGCUUCGGCUCGGCGCUGGUGGACCGCGUCCGCCGGGCGGCCCGGCGCCGUCGCGACGCCGCCGCCGAGGAGAUGAAGGCCGUCGCGGACCAGCGAGACUCUUCGCUCGCCGAGUGUCGACGACGGGAGAGAGAGCAGAGGGCGAGCGAGGAGGAGCUGAUCCGACUUCGGCGGGAGCGAGACGCGGCCUUGCUCGACAGGAAGAGGCUGGAGGCGGAGCUGCGCGUGCUGCGGGCCAAUCGCAGCCCCGAGCGGGUCGCCGAGGCUCCGCCCUCUGGCGACGGGCGGCCCCGGACUCCGCCCCUUCUGGCUCAGUUGCGGCGGCUCGGCGAGGACGAGAAGAGCACGGAGGCGGAGCUUCUGCGCUGCCGGGAGGCGGAGCGAGACGCCCGCGAGAGAGUCUGCAGGUUGGAGCGUCUGGUGGACGUUUUGAGGAAAAAGGUGAGCGCAGGAAGCGCUCGCGCCGUCGUCUGAAUCCUCGAAGACCUUUGACCCGACGAUGUCGUCGACGCCGGCAGCGGGUCGUCGCUUGACUCAUUUUGUUCAUCUGCAUUUUUAUUGCGUCUUGAUAAAAAUGUUGUCUCUGUUUUAUGAAGAAAAACAAAAUGGAUUUUUUUUUUUUUGGCCCUCUUGGCCCCCCCCCCCCCCCUCCCCUUCUGCCAUUUUGUGGUCUCCAUGGCGCUCAACUUGGGUGUCCCCACGCCGCUAAUCCCGCCGCACGGCUAAUCUGCUUGUUGACAACAAAGACGGCCUUCGCUCACGCGCGCUUUGGGCCCCCCCCCCCCCCCACACACACACCCCCAACGGGCUACCGGCCCACCGGACUCGCCCGCGUUUACAGGAAGGGUUCCGGUUUCAAACGAGUGUUCGGGUUUGUCGUCACGGUUGCGCCCGUAAACGUUAGGUCAGACCUGGAAGAAUCCAGGAAAGCUUUGGAAAAAGGCACAAAGUCGCCAAACUUUUUUUUGUCAACUUCGGUUUGAAGCCUGCGUUGCGCUUUCAAAUCCGCGCGUGCGUGCCAUUGCCAAAGGAGGGGCGCCGGCUCUUUUAUUGUGAAAGGCGUCUUUGCUCUUUUGGGGUUUGUUCACAAUGGCGUGAUUGUCGUCUUAUUGCACGACAUUCAGUCCGGUCCCCAUCAAAGGCCCCCCCUCAAAGUUUGCGUCCAGAAGGUGCACGCGGCCUUUUCGCCGCCGGGACCAUAUGUUCCCUUUUAGGGAGCUGCCCCCCCCCCACCAUGGGACCCCCACACCGUCCAUUUAUUACUCUACACUUGUACCUCCACUUUCCAUCUGGACUACUUAUUAUUAUUAUUAUGAAAAGAAUGACCAGUCGACAUCCCAGAAUAUUCUUGCAAACCAAAACUAAUGAAAGAUCUUAAAAUUUGCAAAAUAGAUCAUUUCAAUAAAAAAAAUUGCAG